GCGGCGAUCCGCGAACCCUCUCCUUCGCUUUCGAUCCGCUUGCCCCGCAGCGCAACGUUGUCUCGUCCAAUUCAAUGGGCUUCGCGAUCCUGUCUUGCCCGCCAUGGCUGACACGUCAGAAAUAGAAGCGGAGCUGCUCGCCGCCCUGGGCGUGUCACCUCCCGCUCGGGACGGACCCGUACCCACCGAGACGGACACCUCCCAACUUCAAUCCCAUGAACGGCAGCAAGCGCAGGAUCCAGCCUCCGAGGCCCUCCCUGCCCCCGCCCCCGCCCCUUCUCUUCCCGCUCCUUCGACCUCUCCAGAGACCCCGGCCCCCUUGCCAGACCCGGCGUCAAACCCAAUUCCGACAGCUACCUCCGCCCCUGCCGCUGCUCCUGUGACGACAGCAAGUGCUCCUUUCCCGACCAUCACCUCUUCCGCCCAUGACGACCACCCUGUUCCGGACCUGGGCGCAAAUGGCUCGAACCCGCCAGCCGUUCAGCAGCCUUCCACUGUCCCGCCGCUCCCAGCUGCUCACGACGCGCCCGAGCCACGGUCCCCGAAACGUCCCAGGAGCUCAGACGCUUCUGGCGAGAGCAGUGCCAAGAGGCAGAGGACGGAACAGCCACCCCCGAAGCAGGACGACGCAACUGGGGGAUCAAACAUUGACUUCGCUGCCAUGCUGAAUGACGCCCUUGCCAAUUUUGAUCAGCAUGCCGGCUCGGGAGACAACGACAUGGUCAUGCAAGAUGCGGCCGCACUUUCGCAACCCGCUACCGCCGCUCCCGCGAGUACAGCGUCCGACCACGAAAAAGCCGAAAGCAGAAUCGUGAAAGUAUCCAGCAAUCCCUUCUACGUCAUGCGCUCCAUGAGCCUCCCGGUAUUAGGCAAUAUUGCCGUCCAGAUCUUGCUCAGGCUGUCGCAACAGCCGCGCUCCGAGACAGAGUCCCUCCUCGCCAACCCGACAUCCGAGUUCCGCAAAUCCUACGACAUGUUGAGGGACAUCUUUGUGGCUACUAGGAAGGCCUUCUGUGACUCGCCACUGCUGUCUCCGGACGAGCUGGAUGUCACCGACUCCGAGGAUCGCGAGACGAUCCGAAUGUCGAACCUGGCCGCUACCGCCGUCAGUGCCUUCGGGGCCCACGAUGUAGCGGUUCAGGACGUGCACGAUGCAUUCUUCUCCAUAUUCAUCCCCGAGGAUGGCGAAUACAAAGCGCCACUGACCGACCUGCUUGUGUCCCUGAAAACCCGCCUGUUGCUGGAUGCGCUCAACAAGCCCGAACAGUCCCAACCGGUCUCGCAGCUCUUAGGUGCCCUCUUCCCAGCCAAUUUCGACGACUCGCUGAGGCAGCGCAGCGGGGACAUGAUCCUGAACGCCGACGAGGAGGCGCUCGUCCUCCGAAUCCGAGAGCGGAGGGAGCAGCUCGUCAAGAGCGCGGCCGACGAAUCUAUCAAAGCACUACUAGAGGAGCAAUCGUCGGCCACUAUGUUCACCGAGAGCUUGAGCGCCUUCCUGCAGAGCCACCUCGGUGUAGUCGUGGAUUAUGCCGAGAAGUACGGCGUAAAUAUCCCGCUCAGUGAGGACGAGCCUGCCACAGCCCGAGGCCCCAACAAUUCUCAACACGAAGAAGACAAGUCCUUGGCUGCCCUGCUGCAGUCUCAACUGGAGCAAACAGACCGCGACCUUGCGGCAGCGGGGAAGGACGCCCUCUCGAACGGAACCGCCUCGAACCAGUUCGGGUCAGCCGGCAAUGACGGGCUGGAACUCAAGAAGCUGAUCGAAGAAUCGCUUCCAAACUGCAUCCCUGAGUUGAAAGAGCAGCCGACCAAUAUGAAUUCUUCAGACGGAGCCUCUGACUUUGACUCCAAAAACCUCGCUUCUUUCAUCUCGGAGAAGCUCAAAAGCGAGUUCGACAACCCUACCCACGGGCUCUCAAAUAUGCCUGCGCCGGCACAUUCGCCCAAUACAGUGCAUCCCCAGUACUUGGCACAGCUAAACCAGUCUCACCAUUCAUCGCCCCGCCAAUCGCACACUCAGGGCUCAACCCCGACUCCCCCCAUAGGAACGAAUGGAGAUACUCUGCCCCCCAACCAGUCGAUGCCUACGGCGGCUCUCUAUGAAAAAGCCCGCCAAGCAGCGGUUGCCAAGUCAUCCCACACUACCCGGCGCGAGGGUCUGCACUCUACGAGGCGGCCGUGGACCGCGGAAGAGGAGAAAGCACUCAUGGCCGGUCUCGACAUGGUCAAAGGACCUCAUUGGAGCCAGAUUCUGACGCUGUUUGGGCCGAACGGCACCAUCUCCGACAUCCUGAAGGACCGGACUCAGGUCCAGCUGAAGGACAAGGCGAGGAACCUGAAGCUGUUCUUCUUGAAGACGAAUUCCGAGAUGCCCUACUAUCUCCAGAGCGUGACCGGAGAGUUGAAGACGCGGGCGCCGGGCCAGGCAGCUCGUAAGGAGGCAGAGGAGAAGGCGCGCAUGAACUUGGCGGACGAGCAGGCGAGAAUCGAGGGGAUCAUGACCUUGGCGGGUGGUCUGCAGAACAACAACCACCACCCUUCUUCGAGCACCCCCCUCGCUGCCUCGCCGGCGAAACGGAAAAGCCCCUCUACUGCCGGCUAUGGAGGCUCUGGGGCUGGUGCGGCAACAACAGCCAAUGGCUCCGCGACCCCAGCGAUGUCGGCGCCACCACGAGUCAAGACGGAGCCCGCAGACCAGCAUUCGCUCCACAAGGUCCCGGCGUUUCCUCCAAUACAACCGGCCCCGGCUCCUGCUUCGUCCAUGCAGCAGGGCAGGAGUAACUUGCCGCCGCUGCAGCCGCAACCGGGCCCGCAUCAGCAGCCGAGACCCCAGGCUCAGCAACAGUAUCAUCAGCAGUCUCACCAUCCCCAGAAACUUCAGCAGCCCCAGCAGCCCCAGCAGCCAUCGCGCCUGGAACCGCAGAAACCGAUGUCGGCGCAGCAGCAACAGCAAUAUCGCCAACAGGUUCAGCCACAACACCAACCGCAGCCGCAACAGCAGUCUCAGCCGCAAGCCCAACCUCAAGCCCACUCUCAACCGCAAGCACAGCAGCAUCAGCAGCCACAGGCGCCACCGCCACCGCAGUCGCAGGCCCAGUCGCAAACCCAACCUCAAGCCCACUCUCAACCGCAAGCACAGCAGCGUCAGCAGCCACAGGCGCCAUCGCCACCGCAGUCGCAGGCCCAGUCGCAAGCCCAACCUCAAGCCGCUCCUCGACCUCCGUCGGCGUCUCAGCCAGCCCCGCCACAGCCAGCUCCGCCGCAGGUUCACCAGUCUCGCCCCUCUCCUUCUGCCACGCACACCCAACCGCUCCCGACCCCUCCAAUUCCACCAAACCACCACUCGACGCCCGAUCACGCGCAGGAGACCAAGAUGAUUGAGACGUUGCAAGCCGCCACCGCUGCGUCAACGGCCAAUGAAGCCCAGCCCCCUGUUCCCGCGGCAGCGGUAUCGGAGGGUUCAGCCGCCCCAUGAAUUAGGCUCUAGCGAGAAAGUCUAGCCUCUGGUACGAGUGCUGUUUGAAACAUUGUGUCUCUGGAACUACGGGACGAAUCAUCCGGACUCCGCCGAUGGAACAGCGGCGGUAGUGACUGACGACGACAUGUUAUCAAGUUGGAGUGAGUGGGUG